CUAUUGGGCAGUCAGUGUGUGUGCUGCUGUCUCAGCUCUGGCACCCACCACACACGUUGUGACUUGACAAUGGUCCAGGAUGGACCUCUCCUAAUUGUGGAAUUCUGUUGACUUGUUCCAGCUACGGAAGAAGCCUGGCCAAAAGCCUGUAGUUCGCAGUCAACCAGAGAGUCAUAGCUCAGGCAGCCGUGACCUCCGGAGAAACUAAAGCUCUUGGCUCUGGUUGCAAUACAAGAACGGCCAGUUGCCUCAAGCUUAUUUCAGUAUAAAGUUACAGUCCCCUCAAGAAAGAAGAGAAAUCCCCGGCCAGCAAACAAGCAACCACAGAAGAGUGUGUGUCCACAGCGGACGUGAUUCACGAAACGGCCUUUGUUGACCCUGGCCCUGCGAGCCUAUAAUUACUUGGCGUCCGGUGAAAAACGGAGCAGUUUAUUGAAGCUUUUGGUGUAGCUCGCGGUGGUCCCUGUCCUGUUGUGCCCUCUGAAGGGUCAGCCAGAGCGCCGGGCAAGCUUGACUCUUGACGGUCAGUGUCAAGUUGAAUCUGCGUUGUUGGACCUGAAAAAUUACUGUGAGCUUUAAUUUCGCGGGUUCAGAGUAAGUUGCUCAGUACAGUUAAGUUACAUUGUAUUAUUAUCCCCGAGUGCAGUGGAACAUUACAUGAUUGUACAGUAUAGGGCUCUGUGAAUAUAUUAAUAUUUGACGACUUACAGUGUAACACUGCCCUCCCAUUGACAGUCCUGCCUUAAGUUAUCAGUGUUUUCAUGGAAAAUACAUAAGUGAAAGUAUAUGGCAGUGAUAGCAUGAACUGAGACUCAGCAGAUAUCCCAAGUGACGCAAGGAGCUCAGCAAGACGUGGAUAUCCUCCCAGGACGAACGUCAUCGCGCCUCACCUUGCAUCCGGCAGUACAGAUAGAAAGUCUUUCAUCCAUCGUCAUAGUUUACCUUCCACUUCUCCUCAGUUUUGCAGUUCGUAAGUUUAUUCAGGACUCAUCCACUACAACAAGAUCAUCAUGGAUAACAUACCUCUGAGUGACUACCCGGACUACCCGCACUUCAUCAAUGACACUUCGUGGGACGAGGCGGCCGAGUCGGAGAUAGCCAAGUGGGUGACGAGGAUGUCGCGUGGUGUGGCGUGCUUCAUAGCAGUGCUCUUCAUGGGGUACAUGGUGUUGGGCCUCACUGGCAACUUCCUCACCAUCCUAGCCCUCCUCCGCUGUCCUCGCGUCAGGAACGUCACCGCUGCUUUCAUCAUCAGCUUGUGUGUGGCAGACUUCUUGUUCUGUGUGUUGGUGCUGCCUUGGGAGGUCUCCAGGUUCCUUGCUGGCAAGUGGCUGUGGGGGGAGGGAUGGAUCUGCACCCUCUUCCCCCUCCUCAGGUACUGGAAUGUUGCUGUCUCGCUGCUGUCCAUAGCAAUGAUCACUAUCAACAGGUACAUCAUGAUCGCUCACUUCAGCGUAUACAAGCUGGUGUACAGGAAAGGUUGGAUCGCCCUCAUGAUCGCUUUCUGUUGGGUGUUCGCCUUUGUCAUGCUCCUGCCUACGCUGCUCAGCAAGUGGGGACGCUUCGGCUUCGACCGACGGCUUCAAACUUGUUCCAUCUUGGACGACAACAACAAGUCGCCCAAGCAAGUUCUCUUCGGCUUAGGCUUCUGUGUGCCAGCCAUCGUUAUAGUCAUCUGCUACUCACUCAUCUUCUUCGUCAUCCACAGGUCUGAGAAGCGCAUGAGGCAGCACAGUAACCGUGGCAUGAACGGUGCAGCUCCAGCUACUGGACCCUCCCUCCAGGCACAGCACCGUGUCACCACUAAGGGAGAACGUGAAGCACGUCGUCGCAGGAACGAGUGGAGGAUAACUAAGAUGGUUCUCAUCAUCUUCAUCGCCUUCCUCGUCACCUACCUGCCCAUCACCCUUGUCAAGAACCUGGACAAGAAGGUCGACUAUCCAGGUCUACACGUGCUGGGUUAUGUUCUCAUCUACAUCUCUGCCUGCAUCAACCCCGUCAUCUACGUGAUUAUGAACAGGCAGUACCGCCAGGCUUACAAGACUGUGUUGCUGUGCCGGCGACCUCGCCUGCCCUCCCUCACUUCCUCACACACAGAGCUCGACAAAGCCGCCUCGUGUCGCAGGUAUGCCUCUCUCAGGUGCAAUACUUGCAUGUCUCAGCCCACUCUCAACACUGUCACAUCCCACUCACGCCCACACUCACGCCCACACUCACUCCCACACUCAAUGCAUGACGUCUUCUACCAAAACAGGAAACCCUUCCAAAUCCAUCUUCUAGGAUUCGUUACUCCAGACACUCGCAGCUUGGACACCACAUCCGGAGAUAAUACAAGAAUCAGCAGCAGCGAAUGCAAAGACUGCAAGGUGAUCAGAAGAAACCACAGAGUCUCCUGUUUUGAGUGUCAGACCGCCAAGAACACCAAACGGAACACCUUCCUUGGAGCAAGUGAAGCGCUGGUUGCUGGAGGGAGACACAAUGGAGACCUCGCUCUGCAGGGACUAGAUCAAUCUUCCCAGGAAGCCUUCGUUGACCACUGCACUGAACCAUCUCUUACCAUAAAUUCAAUGUCAUCGAAAGAUGAUACACAAGACUUUACUCUACAUAACCAAUCUAAUGGAACCAAACGUAGUUCUUCUAUCUCCUCCCUACACGAAGUAAAUGAUACAGUUAAUAAAACCCAUAUACAGUUAAAUGAAUCUCUUUACAUACCUGCAUCACAGACUCCUGACAUCCUCGAAAUAAAGAAAGAGGGUGAUGCUCUUGAGCUAACUCUUGAGAUCAGCGAAUUGCAUACAACCAACUUGACUCACGAUCAAGACCAAACUACGAAUCAUAGCCACAGUCAGCACCUUACUACAGAAAUAGACCUGUGUCAGCAACAAGCGUCAUAUGGCCACCAGGGAGAGAUACCGGAAAACCGUGAGAAAAUCGAGGAGAGUGACCCAAAAGUAACACCAUCGUUGUGCAACUCUUCACUCCAGCACUCUGGCCAGAGCACCCAAAACCUCCCCAAUAGCGCUCCAGAAAAAUCAUAUACCGCCUCUCUAUUGGAUCAAGAAAACGUUUUGCCAUCCCCUAAGGAAAGACCGGAGGUCGAUUUAAUGCAAAAACACACAGACUCCUCACACAUACACAAACAUUACACUGACAUCUAUACCCCAACUCACAGCCAUGCCUCUUUCCGAGGGGCAGACCAAGGUGAGGCGACCUCGCAGCUCCCACACGACACCACACCCUUUCUUAACGACGAGGCUGAGAUAGAGUGCAUCUUGAGGCAGACGCUUUCCUCCUCCUCCUCCUCCGUGGAGCUCUUGGAUGAGGUGAACCGCGGGAUCUACGAGAAGCACGCCUCCUGGGCUCCCUGGAACCCGACCAACACCUUCACCAGAUUAGUGCAUGAUAAACCUGUGUGCCUUAACUAGGUGUGCAUGAUAUGUGUUCAUCCUGCAUAACGCGGGAAAGGGCGCAAGAAGGCGGCAGCGGAGGAUCUGAACGAUAAGACGAUGAUGUCUCAAGUUUCCCUCUCAGACGCCCCUUUACCAGAGUGCCACGAGCUACCUGAAGUAUUCCCAGAGAAGUGAACUCAGU